AUGGGUCCACCUACCUGCAGAAUGGAAGAUUCUAAAUCUCAGUUGGGAGGCUCAGAUGAAGCUCCCGGUGACAUAGUGACAGCAACUGCUACUCUUAUAACUCACAGGGCCUUCAGUCACUUGGCAGAUUUGCCCAAUCUUGCCCUGGGGUCGUCAUCAGGGUAUGAUGCAGUAUUUGUAUCAUUUUCUAUUUUCAUUAAGAACCGUCUACAGGCAAAGAUAACAAAUAAUAAUUAUACGGAUCCUGACAACCUCAUGUUUUCAUAUAUCAGAAUCCUUGGAAUGGACAAACAGCCAGCCAAUUUUACUGUCUUAGUGAAUAAUGCUGCCACUUCCAAUCCAAGCGUUGCCUACAGCAUUUCCACAAAGGUGGUGACCAUCACCGAUCUCCAGGGACUGGUGCUGGGACAAGAAUUCUCUAUUGAGUGGAACCUUCCAGUCAGUGACCUGGAGAAGUUCAACUGUUACCCUGAAGAUCCCACUGCCUCUGAGGAAAGUUGCGGGCAGCGGGGGUGCCUGUGGGAGCUCACGACGACUCCUGGCGUGCCCACCUGUUACUAUGACACCAUCCCUGAUUAUGUUGCUAGUAACAUUCAGUACCUGUCCACGGGCAUCACUGCAGACCUGGCUCUCCUGGGGGCCCCUGAAUCAGCUUCCUCCACCUGA